AUGGCCGCCACCAGCCACGUCCGAUCCAUCAGUUUGCCCACGGGAACUCACCCCACAAGCCUCGCCGUCGAGGUCCAGCUCGAGAGGUUGAGAUCCUCCGAAUCCGCAUCCACCGCGGAUUCCACCACCCAAUUGAACAUCCUCAGAGAGCUCCACGAAUGCGUCGACGACUUGCUUCAAUUGCCCGCGACCCAGAAAUCUCUCUCCAAAUCCAUGGAGGAAUCCCUUAUCAACGGAUCACUCAGGUCACUGGAGAUCUGCGGAGCCACAAGGGAAAUCUUCGCCCAGUUGAAAGAUUGCGUGAAAUCACUCGAAUCCUCACUGAGAAGGAAAAGUAGCGACUUGACCAGUGAGAUCGAAACGUUCGUGAGUUCAACAAAGAGACUGAGGAAACUCGCCUGCAAAACCUUGAAAUCAUCCAAGAAGAGCAAAUCCCCCGCAGCGGAUCUCGAACCGAAAGACUCGAUCUUUGGGCUUCUGAGAGAAGUCGAAUCAGCGAGCUUCGGAGUGUUCGAGUCCCUUUUGAGCUCAGUUUCUGGUGCGGAAUCGAGCGGGUGGAGUGUUGUUUCCAAGUACUUGAAAUCCAAACAGGACAAGGAGAGUGAAAUGGGGAAAUUGCAGUCUGAAUUGAUGGCGUUGAAGUCGAGCUUGAGAGCUGUGAAUUCAGUUGAAGAGGUUCAGAAGGUUUUGAAAGGGCUUAAAGGGAUGGAAUGGAGUCUUCAGGAAUCUGAGGAGGAAUUGGAGUGUGUUUACAGGAAACUGGUUAAAACCAGAGUUUCUUUCCUCAACAUUCUGAAUCAUUAG